GAGUUCGAUAAAACCUUAAAUUUUGUUGAUAUUGCAUUUCCAAGAAAGUUUAUUUACGCUUAAAAUUAUUAACUAAAAAUGAAUUUUUUAAGCGGAGUGUCUCGUCGUGCUCUAAUAUCAACGAUCUACAGCACAAGAAUAUGUUUAUAUGGAAAAAAUAAUUUAAGAACAUCUUCAUUGUGGAAUGUAACCUCAACAUCUGUCUUUGGGAGAACUGAGAGAAACUUCCAGAAUUGGACCUUGAGUCACAAUCUCCACAAAAUUGAAGAAAAUCCAAGUAUAAUCACAAUUUAUAGGAGAUUCUGUACAAACAGAGCGGCUGACUCAGAUUCAGAUGACCCACCUGAGGAAGUACCUGAAGACAUCCUAUCGACGCAUUUACCGGCAACUGUUGCAAUUCCAGAAGUAUGGCCACACUUACCAGUUAUUGCAACACGAAGAAAUCCCGUAUUUCCGCGUUUCAUGAAAAUCAUUGAGGUUACAAAUCCUCUCCUUAUUGACAUUAUAAGGCGAAAGGUAAGGCUCAAUCAGCCAUAUGCGGGAGUUUUUCUCAAACGUAACGAUGACAAUGAAAACGAGGUGGUUGAAAAUCUCUCCGACAUCUACAAUGUGGGGACGUUUGCGCAAAUUCAAGAAAUGCAGGAUUUGGGUGAUAAAUUAAGGCUCGUUGUGACGGCACAUCGACGUAUAAAGAUAGUGGGGCAAUUGUUUGAGGAUUUGGAUCCACCGCAACCUAAAGCAAUGAAACUCAAUUUUCCCAUGUUUAAUGUGAAAAUGAACGUGACAGCUGAAGAGACGGAUGCUGAAAAGAGGAGACGAAAGCAUCGGGUGCAGCGACUUAUAAAGCAAGUACGCAAUGCCAAUAAUGAUUCCCCAUCAGAUGUCGAAGCCAAAACACUAGAGGAGAUGGAGAAGGUAAAGGAAUCCAAGAGACGCCCAUUGGUUGAGGGAGAAAAGCAGCCUGUGCUUAUGGUUGAGGUUGAGAAUAUUAAGCAGGAAGCCUUCAAGCAAACUGAAGAGGUCAAAGCCCUAACACAAGAAGUUAUUAAAACCAUUCGUGACAUUAUCACAAUGAACCCUCUUUAUCGAGAAAGCCUCCAACAGAUGCUGCACCAAAAUCAACGAGUUGUAGAUAAUCCUAUCUAUCUAUGUGACUUGGGGGCUUCCCUCUCUGCUGCGGAUUCCCCUGAGCUUCAAGCAAUCUUGGAAGAAAUGGACAUUCCAAAAAGGCUCCUUUUGUCUCUAUCACUGCUGAAGAAGGAGUUGGAGCUGUCAAAGCUGCAGCAGAAGAUUGGGCGUGAGGUAGAGCAAAAGGUGAAAGAGCAACAUCGAAAGUACAUUCUGCAGGAACAACUUAAAGUUAUAAAAAAGGAAUUGGGCAUUGAGAAGGAUGAUAAGGAUGCAAUUGGGGAGAAAUAUCGUGAGAGAAUCAAGGAAAAGGUUGUACCUCCGGCUGUUUCGGCUGUAAUUGAAGAAGAGCUUAACAAACUCAACUUCCUUGAGGGUCACAGCACGGAAUUUAACGUAACACGCAAUUACCUUGACUGGCUCACAUCUCUACCAUGGGGUGUAAUGAGUGAGGAGAAUCUUGAUCUCGAUCGUGCAACACAAAUUCUUGAUGCGGAUCACUACGGAAUGGAUGAUAUUAAGAAAAGGAUUUUGGAAUUUAUUGCUGUUAGUCAACUUCGAGGAUCUACACAGGGGAAAAUUCUUUGCUUCCAUGGGCCACCGGGGGUUGGAAAAACGAGCAUAGCUCGUUCUAUUGCACGGGCAUUGAAUAGGGAGUACUUUAGAUUUAGCGUUGGUGGAAUGACAGAUGUGGCGGAAAUUAAGGGACACAGAAGAACAUAUGUGGGGGCUAUGCCUGGGAAAUUGAUUCAGUGCCUAAAGAAGACGCAGACCGAAAACCCACUCGUUUUGAUCGAUGAGGUCGACAAAAUCGGCCGGGGAUAUCAAGGAGAUCCGCAAGCGGCACUGUUGGAAUUACUCGAUAAAGAGCAGAAUAAGAACUUCCUAGAUCAUUACAUUGACGUACCCGUGGAUUUAUCACAUGUUUUGUUCAUAUGCACAGCCAAUGUGCUGGACACGAUCCCUGAGCCACUGAGAGAUCGUAUGGAAAUGAUUGAAAUGUCUGGAUAUGUGGCUGAGGAGAAGUUAGCCAUUGCCAAGCAAUACCUGAUUCCCCAAGCUAUGUCAGAGAGUGGCCUUAAAGAGGACCAUAUCGUCAUUCGUGAUGAAUCACUGCUAAAGCUCGUGAAAAAUUAUUGCCGUGAAUCUGGUGUGAGGAACCUUCAAAAGCACAUUGAAAAGAUCAUUCGGAAAGUUGCUUACAAGGUUGUACGAAAAGAAUCUGAGCACUGUGAUGUGACAGAGGACAGCUUACCGACGUACGUGGGAAAGCCCAUUUUUGUUCAGGAUCGCAUGUAUAAAGACACACCACCGGGAGUUGUAAUGGGUCUUGCAUGGACAGCAAUGGGAGGUUCUACCUUGUACAUAGAGACGGCAAAGAGGAAGUACAUAGAGAAUGCGGAGAAGUCUAAAGAAAAGGGGAAUACUGGUGAUGGAACACUUCAGUUAACGGGACAUUUGGGUGAUGUGAUGAAGGAAUCUGCUAGAAUUGCUCUCACUGUAGCCAGAAACUACGUGUAUAAAAAUGAUAAGACAAACACUUUCCUGGAAACGGAACACAUACACUUACACGUACCAGAAGGAGCAACACCCAAAGAUGGCCCUAGUGCAGGAAUCACAAUUACCACUGCUCUUCUUUCUCUUGCCCUCAAUCGCCCAGUUCGGGAGGAUAUUGCAAUGACAGGGGAGGUCUCUCUCACGGGUAAAGUCCUUCCCGUUGGAGGUAUUAAAGAGAAAAUAAUUGCAGCUAAGAGAACCGGAGUAACUUGUAUAAUUCUUCCGGAUGAAAAUAAGAAGGAUUUCACGGAACUUCCAGAUUACAUCAAAGAAGGUUUGGAUAUUCAUUUUGUCAGCAAAUACGAAGAAGUAUUUAAGAUCGCUUUUGCUCAGUAACUACAUAUUUGCAAUAGGUGUUUGGUUGGCAAUAAAUGAACAGUGUUCUUAACUACUA